UAUAAAUGGACUGGGCACCUCCCUCCAGUGCUGAGUCCUCCACACGCCCUGCCUCCUGGUAACAGCCCCCGGGGCUUAUCUACUAGAACCUUCUGCUGCCGGGAAGCCAGCGAGGGAGCUGCAGGAAGAGGUCGUCAUGGAGGACAGCCCCACCAUGAUAAAACGGGACCGGGGUGAGAGCCAGGCCUCGCCAUGUAACAGGAGAAGGUGCUGCCCCAAGGUGCUUGGCUAUGUCACCGGUGACAUGAGGGAAUUUGCCAGCUGGCUCAAAGUUCUACCCACCUCGUGUCUUCCAGAUAAACCACAGGUGCUCCAGUUCCUUGACUGGGUCCUUCGGGGCAUAUCCCAAGUGGUGUUUGUCAGCAAUCCCAUCAGCGGGAUCCUGAUUGUGGUGGGCCUCCUGGUCCAGAACCCCUGGUGGGCUCUCAACGGCUGCCUGGGGACAGUGGUCUCCACCCUGACAGCUCUACUGCUCAGCCAGGACAGGUCGGCCAUUGCAGCCGGGCUCCAGGGUUACAACGCCACGCUGCUAGGCAUACUCACGGCUGUCUUCUCAGACAAAGGAGAUUAUUUCUGGUGGCUUCUGUUCCCUGUAUCUCUUAUGUCCAUGACUUGCCCAAUUUUCUCAAGUGCACUGAGCUCAAUGCUCUGCAAGUGGGACCUCCCCGUCUUCACCUUGCCCUUCAACAUGGCGCUGUCACUGUACCUCUCAGCCACGGGUCACUACAACCUGUUCUUCCCCACCAAGUUGUUCACUCCUGUGACCUCGGUCCCUAACGUUACCUGGUCUGACCUCAGUGCCCUGAAGCUGUUGAGAUCUCUGCCGGUCGGUGUGAGCCAGAUAUAUGGUUGUGAUAACCCAUGGACGGGAGGCAUCUUCCUCUGCGCCAUCCUGCUCUCCUCCCCACUCAUGGCCCUGCACGCUGCCAUUGGGUCACUGGUGGGGAUCGCAGCAGGACUCAGCCUCUCAGCUCCAUUUGGCAACAUCUACUUUGGCCUCUGGGGAUUCAACAGCUCUCUGGCCUGCAUUGCAAUUGGAGGAAUGUUCAUGGCGCUCACUUGGCAAACCCACCUGCUGGCUCUAGCAUGCGCGCUGUUCACUGCCUACCUCACAGUCAGCAUGUCGCACCUGAUGGCAGUGGUAGGACUGCCGGCUUGUACCUGGCCCUUCUGCUUGGCCACCCUGCUCUUCCUCUUGGUGACCACAAAGAACCCCAACAUCUACAGAAUGCCCCUGAAUAAAGUCACAUAUCCUGAAGAGAAUCGCAUCCACUACCUGCAAGUCAGGAAAAGGAUUGUGGAGAGUCCUUUGUGAGCACAGCCCUGCUCACUGCCAUGGUCAAGGGCAUUUCUGACCACCUGCCCUAGUGGACUCUUGGGGUCUCAGCCUGAUGGUGCCCUUACUAGUAUCAACUUUCACACUGACCCACUGGUGGUCUGCUCUUAACACUCACUGUCUGUUCUUCUCUCAGGCUCCAGGAACACCCCAAGACUGGAAGGUGCCCAUGUAGCGAAUGUGCUCUGACCAUGUGAUCUUAAACUCUGGCGGGGUCUUGGCACUGAGUUUAUGAUGUAUUUCUGAAAGCAGAACCUCCUACCAAAAGAGGAAGUGAGACUGGAGCUAAUUAUCAAUGUUCUUGAUGUGUGUUUGGCAAGGUGACAGUAACAGUAUUAAAACUUAAGCCUUAAGAGAACAGAUCCACAGACACCAAGUCACUUCAGCGUUCUCAGAUGCACAGUCUGGCUUGAGAGAAAUUAGUGCAUGUUACACAUUACAGCCACAGUCAACACUGCAGACGGAGAGCCAGGCACCUGCCACCAUGUGUGUGGCCUCCCUUACAGGAAGUGUUUGGCUUUGUCUUCAGACUGAUGGGGCUGUAGGCAGAGUAAGGGAUCUGAUCCAUCACAAUGACUCUCUCUUAGGUAGUUUGUUGUUUGUUUUUUCUUACGAUAGGAGAUUUUGUUUUCUUCAGUGGUUUAACUGGCUUAACCAGUUGCUAGAAACUAAAGGGGGGGAAAUGCAUUUUAAUAAAAGAGUCAGCUAAACCACUUUUACUUUGUUUCCCAAGUUGAUUUUGUAAAUGUCAUAUAUGUGUGUGGAAUCAAGUCAUCACCAUUCAGGGACCCCUUGAAGUCAGCUUUUUAAUCCAUUUCAGGAUAACUUACACAUUUUCAAGACCGAAGAACAAGGCCAGCUGCUCCUGAGUGCGGAGAAGUUGUUGCGUGUCCUGCUUUUGAAAGUUCUGCACACUCAUCAUAUUCUCACUCAGAAACCCAAUGGCAUUGGGUUGUCAGGAGUCAUGACAUCACUUCCUAUGUCUCUCUGUGCAAAAUAGGCUUCGUGGCUUUUCCAACAUCCCAAUAUCUAAACCAGAAAAUACAGAUCAAUGGUUCUGUUCUUUCAAUUUUAAAGUCAUGGGUUCUAUAAAGACUCAACAACCAGGCCUGUUGGAGAUGGAGACUUAGCGCCAUCACCUCAGCCUUCACCAUUCUGCACCUUUGGGAAAGGGAAGCUCUGGAAUCCAACAGGUCUCACCUCUGUUGCGUCUACAAUGCUCAGCACAAAACACUUGAUUUGCUGAGCAGAAAUAGAAGAAGAAACAAGUGCACGGAUAUUCUAGAGGGAGGUCCACUUCAUCCUCUUCUUGGGGAAACAAAUUUCACUUCAAUUUUAAAACCCUAUGUCCAACUCUUUUGAACCCAUGAAGCUACAAUUGUCACAGAUCCAUGUAUAUUCCUGUGUAAAAACUGAACUUUCAGUGUUUGAACUGAAUUUUCUCCUGUGAAGGAAUUUAUGGAAUAAAGGAGGGAAGGUGACAGAGAAGCAAACUGACCAGAGAUGACCGGCACUGCAGAACCUGGGUCCUGUCAAGUGAAAACGAAACUCUAAGAUGGUCGCAAGUCCAUGUUCAGAGCAGAGUUCUAAUUUCUCUUCCUCCCUGUGUGCUCACAGCUCUGUAAAUAGGAGCAUUUCAAAGCUGUAUAUUAUCUAACUUAAAUGGAAAUAAUUUUCUCAAACUAUUUUUGUUACUGAGUACAAUGUAAAAGUAAGGAUUUUAUUCAUUUUCUUAGGAAACAACUGUGCUCUUUCCUGCUGUCUGCAUAACAGAUUUCUUUAUAAGAAUACGAAUAAAUUACAGUCACAGCUCA